UCUCUCUCCACUGUCCACGCCUGAAGCGGGAUAUAACCAACUUAUCGGCUUUGGACCACAGUUUAUCCCUCUCAGAUUUCUUCACUUGGUCGUUUUCCAGUGUUUUUUCUCCCUGUCUCUCUCGCUCUGCCACUUAACCUAGAUUCAACAAUUGGCGACUCGGUGUUUAGACUGUUUUUUUAAUAGCCUCCCACGACAGGCGCUAAACUGUCACUCUCAUGAGGAUACGAGCUUGAGCGCAUCCAUCGGAGGGCUUUCGGGAGAAAAAAAAAUACGCGUUAUCGAGCUGAUGUUGUGCGGUAAUGUAGGAAACUACAGACAGGGAGGCUGAUGCACACCUUUUGGAGCUGCUCUCAUCUCCGACAGGUGUGCGAUUGCGAGCAGAGCUUCGGCGCAAAGUGCCCGUUUUAUCCGCGCAGACGGGCGUCCUGGUUAAGUGUCCAACUAUUUGGGCAAAACGCCGAGUGCGUCUAAACAUGUGCACCGGAGACGCAUGCAACAGAGAUCCCUGAGCAAGAGGAAGAGCCGACACCGAGCAAAUAUGGGACUUUUUGUGCUUUUCAGAUGGCUUGUGUUCACAGUGGUGGUGCCCUCCUGGCUGCUUGCUGUUCCAAGCGGCAUCCGUGAGCGUCCCUGCCCCCAGAGCUGUCGAUGUGAUGGGAAAAUAAUAUACUGCGAGUCCAAUGCCUUCCGUGACGUGCCAAACAACGUGUCUGUCGGCACACAGGGCCUGUCUCUGCGUUAUAACAGCCUGGUGAGCCUUAGAGCCCACCAGUUUGCGGGUCUCAGUCAACUAGUUUGGCUCUAUCUCGACCACAACUACAUCAAUGCCGUGGACGGCCAGGCUUUCCACGGGAUAAGGAGGCUCAAAGAACUGAUUCUCAGCUCCAAUAAGAUCACGCAGCUGAAAAACAACACUUUCCACGACGUCCCGAAUUUGCGUAACCUCGACCUUUCCUACAACAAACUGCAGGUCCUCCAGCCUAAUCAGUUCUGGGGUUUACGGAAGCUACUCAGUUUACACUUGAGGUCAAACUCCCUAAAAACAGUCCCGAUGCGCGUUUUCCUCGACUGCCGUAACCUGGAGUUCCUUGAUAUUGGCUACAACAGGUUGAGAAGCCUCACACGUAAUGCCUUUGCAGGACUCCUGAAGCUCAUCGAGCUCCAUUUGGAGCACAACCAGUUUUCUAAGAUAAAUUUCGCUCAUUUCCCUCGCCUGACUAACCUGCGGGCUCUCUAUCUGCAGUGGAACCGCAUCAAACUGCUAACGCAGGGCCUGCCAUGGAUGUGGACUUCCUUGCAAAAGUUGGACCUCUCAGGAAAUGAGCUCCAAGUGUUGGAUCCGAGCACAUUUCAAUGCCUGCCUAACCUUCAGACUCUCAACCUGGACUCCAACAAGCUCACUAAUGUCUCUCAGCAGACAGUGGAUGCUUGGAUCUCCCUCACAACCAUCAGUUUGGCCGGUAAUUUGUGGUACUGUAACCCCAACGUUUGCCCUCUGGUGUCCUGGCUCAAAGCCUUCAAGGGUAACAAGGAGUUUACAAUGAUAUGUACCAGCCCUAAGGAGGCACAAGGAGAGAAAGUUACAGAUGUGGUGGAGACCUACAACAUCUGUACCGCAACUCCGACCCCUAUCCCCUCAACGACAUUGCCCCUUACAACGGCGUUUCAGCCUGAGCUGAAACCUCUCCCCACGCAGUCUGCGGUGGAUAAAAAGCUAACCUGGAACAGGACAGCCUCUCCAACUCCUUCCGAGGCCUCCCCCACCAUCCCAUUACCAGACACCGAGUACGUGUCCUUCCACAAGAUCAUAGCCGGUAGCGUGGCCCUCUUCUUAUCUGUGGCUAUAAUUCUGCUGGUUAUCUACGUGUCGUGGAAGCGCUAUCCCAGCAGCAUCAAACAGCUUCAGCAGCGCUCGGCGGUUAAGAAGCGCCAGAAAAAGGCACGGGAGACCGAGCGCUCCUUUAAUUCACCACUGCAAGAGUACUAUGUGGACUACAAGCCUUCACACUCAGAGACUAUGGAUGUGCUGGUUAAUGGGACAGGACCUUACACAUACACCAUCUCAGGCUCCAGGGAAUGUGAGGUACCGCGGCAGCUGAGUGCUCUGACAUUGUACAGGUGUGAGCAGUCAGUUCUGGAUUACUGCCAUACCCACCUGUCGCUGCACCUCAAUGUGGGCAUGGAGCCCUCCACUCAGGCGCAGGGAGGUCCAGGGCCAGCAUUGUACCAACCCAGCCUAAUGGCUGCCCUCCCCUCAAAGCCUGUGCUGCCUUGCCCCCAGACCCACUCCCACCACCACUGAGCUGUGCACACAACGAGGCUCUGUCUCCAAACUACUGUACGUCAGCUGCACAUAAUCACAGAACUGCUCAUACGAAAUAAAAGGCUGUGUGGGAGGAAGCUGGGACUGGUAAAGAAGCAAAGGAGACAAUUAAUUUACUGCAGAGCAUCCUGGAACCAGGGUAAUGAAAAUGAAAAUAUUUCUCAGUGGAAAUAAAGGGGUGCAGCAGUUUUGAUUAGUGAGCUUCUGACCUACCUGACCCUCAAUGUCCUCAAUUAGCAAAGGAGGCUGAACUUCAGCAUGACUUUCUGCAUUCUGCUUUGCCUCUUGAGGAGUAUUAAAGAUAAUAAUUUCAUGAUUUGUUAAUCUUAUUAAACAUAUUUCCUUGACUUCUCAUAACGUGGACACCCCUCUGCUGUGCAGGUAAAGUAAUCAAAAUGCAAAACGUUGUAAACAGAGCAGGGGGAAACAGCAUGAUAAGCAACUGAGUAGCUGAACAAACGAAAGCUCGGCCAAGCUGAAAGGGUUUCUACUGUUUUGUUUUCUUUUUUUCUUUUUUCUGAUCAUGCUGUCAGUCAGAGGUCUCUCUCAAACUCAAGUCCCUGUAGCGUUUUUCAUUUCGAGAAAUGAGCCUCUCCAAUGAAAUUACCCAAGACAAGAGAAACAAGUCCGAAAAUAGCGGACAGUAAUUGUUUUAUAAAAUGUACAGCCCACACAUCUUGCUGGCAGUCAGUAUAGUUUACAUGGUGACUUUUGAAUUGCUUAAUGAUUUGUGAUGUUGAUCACGUUCUUAUUCAUUUGAGAAAUAAACAGAGGAAAAAUAAACACCAAGUACAGAGCUCGGUGCACUGGGACGUUCAGAUGUUUACUUUUCAUCCUUCAUUUAAAUCACUUAUGUGGCUAAUGGUUUUUGGUUUUUAUAAUGUGUUAUUCAGCCAAUUAUCUGAUUGUACACUUGCAUAUCUACACGUGUGCUUUUUACAAAAUGCUACAAUAUAAUAUAUGGCAAAUAAACUGUGGUAAACGACCGGAAACAGUGUCAUUCAUCAAGUUCAGCGGUAUCAACCCAAACAACUGUCUGCUGUACUUAGCCAGCUGUGUAGGUGGUUUAAACUGCAGAGCACAGUGCACAGCACAGGCAGGACUGUCUGAUAAUGAUGUGUGUUUGGUUUUUGCCUUAUUGAUCAAGACCCUGAUGGUAACUUCUCUUGCUUUUCUUCUUCUGUGACUGUGUGGUAUCUGAUGUGAUACAGUAAACUCGACUCGCUGAACUCAUACACUUCUAGGCUAUAUUGCUUUCAGGGAAGGAAAACGUGUACAGAUCACCCAAUUAAUAUCCUGAAUAUUGUUCAACGCAGCAGUUCUAUGUUCUUAACAUAGACACAGUUUACGAUGAAAUUGGUAAAAGGUUAUUGUGAUAUAAAAGUAUACAUAAGGUUUUUCUGCUGGGAAUUGACCGUUAGCUAAACCUGUCCAGUAAACAGCAAUCGUCAAAUAAUAGUUUAUCUACAAUAACUAUGUGCAGCAGACCUGCUGAGCUUUGGUUUUCUGCACAAAGUGAACUGCUAACCUGCAAAAUCAACACUCACCAUUUAAGGAGAUUAUUAAGUAUAUGAUGUGAAUGAUAGCAUGCCCAGCUUACGGCAAUAAGCAGUUAUAAUACAGUUGUAAUAGUAACACAGUUUUACCUUUGAGGCCAAUGAAAAUUAGUUAACUAAACUGUUUGGGGUUUAGCGUCCCACAACUAGGCAAGCUCACUACACAAGUCCCCAGAAGUUGGUCCUGAGUACUGAUUCAGCAUAUUGUAGAGUAAUAUUAGGAGCUCAGUCCUGCUACACGUCUGAUUGAUUUAAUUAAAUCUACGUAAAUAUACACGCCUAGCUAGCUAUGCCAACAGGCAAAAGAAGUAAGACUAAAGAUUUAAAUAAACACAGGAGGGGGCGCUUAAUCACAUGUACAGUAUAUGGACAAAAGUUUUGGGGAGACAUGCUUCAAUUUAUUAAUUCAGGUGUUUCCAGAAUUUUAUACAGGCGUAUAAAGCGCCUAGCUAUGCAAAUCAUAGCUAGAUGCAAAUCAUUUGUGAAACAAUAGAUUUUUCUGAAAUUCUCACUGAUCUCAAGCAUGGAGCUGUAAUUGGAUGCUGCCAUUGCAAAAAGUCAGAGUGUCCAAAUAUUUCUGGCACAACUUCACCUGCUUCCAGUGUGCAUUGAGAAGGUCAAAGAUCUGGUGGCGUGAAGACUCCAGCGACACUUGAAGCACUAUGGAACAACUUUAUUAGCUGACCAACGCGUUUCGGCUUGUGGCCUUCAUCAGGGUCAUUACAAAAUACCAAACAGUUUGUGUUUAAAUAAAUAAAGAAAUCCAAGUGAACCAAUCACACAUAAACAAGCUGACCAAUCAGCAUUUAAGGGGGUGGUACUAGCCAAGGCAUUCUUAUUACCGACACAUAACAUACUGACGAUUUGUCACGUCCCUAUGAUACGUGCCGGAUUGCGGAUGAAAUCCCAUAGAAUGAAGCUCCCGGCAUUCCAGCCGUGUAUUCCAGCCCUAAACCUAACCUUAAUCCUAACCAUAACCAUAACCUUAAUUGUGUUAGAUAGUGUUUUCCAAAGCGAUUCAUGAUGAGAAAGUAAAAUAAAUGUACAUGUGCAGAUUGAGUCCAAACGAUUCUCAUGUUUCCUCCUGUUUCCGAACACGUAACAUAGGAAUGUGUUGUGUGACCGAACGCGUAACAUACCGAUGAUUUGUCACAUAGCGUAAUAUGUUACACUUUGGGAACAAGAACGUGUUGUACUGGCUGCCUGGUUGGCUCUGGUUCAACUCUCAAAAAAUGAUUUUAAAAAAAUUAUUAACUCCAUAAUAAAAAAUUUGAACUAGUUAACAGCAAUUAUCAUUACAAUAAAAGGUUUUUGUUUUUUGGUUUUUUUUUUAAAGGUCUUUGAAAAUCUAAUUAAGAACAUAAAAGCAAAAUAGUGUAACUCGCAGAAACUCAUUAAUAGACCUGCAUUCAUACCUGUAGGAAAUAAACUCUUUAAACAAAAUAUCCAGAACGCUUCAUGGUGAGCUUUAUUUUUUAUUGGCAUUGACGCCAUGAAGCCCAGUCAAAGAGGUGAUAAAAUUAAUUUUAUCAGGAAAAAGAGAGAUCUAGUUCAACUUUUUAUUAUGGAAUUAAUAAUUUUUAAAACAAAUUUUUUUUUUUAAGUUCUUGUGAUUGCUAUGUGUAACUUUAACUUUUUCUGUGGACCUUUAAGAAUGAGCUACUUUUGGAUAUGUGGGGUGAUUUUCAGUCCAGAGUCAGCCAGUACCACCCCCUUAAAUGCUGGUUGGUCAGCUUGUUUAUGUGUGAUUGGUUCACUUGGAUUUAUUUAAACACAAACUGUAUUUUGUAAU